GGCGGAACCUUCGUGCAGGAGCUCAUGGUGGUGGGGGAAUGAAUUAGGGGACGGACACCUGGUCCAUUGGCUUGCCAGUCCCCUGUGCAGUGUGAAGGUGGGUGACAUUGGGCAGGGUAGUGGAAGAAAUGCAGUUUAUUAUCACUGUGUGCAACUUAAUAUGAUUUAUUGUGCUGUUUCAGAUGCUGCCAGUCAGAAGCCAGGCGUUUAUAAGGCAGACCCUGUCUGUGUGCAGGUAACAGUGUGACAGUGCUGGGGGGCAGGGGUGGCCAGUGUGGCUGUCAGUAUGGUAGUCACAUGGAAGAGAGAGAGAGGGGGUGAGAGAGGGUGAGAGGGGGGGGGUAAGAGGAGAGAGGGGAGAUGAGAGAGAGAGGGAGAUGAGAGAGAGGGGGGAUGAGAGGGAGAGAGGAGGAUGAGAGAGAGGGGGGAGAGAGAGAGGGAGGGAGAGAGGGGAUGAGAGAGAGGGGGGAUGAGAGAGAGAGAGGGAGGAGAGAGGGGGGGAUGAGAGAGAGGGGGAUGAGAGAGAGAGAGGAGGAGAGAGGGGGAUGAGAGAGAGGGGGGAUGGAGAGAGAGAGAGGGAGGAGAGAGGGGGGGGAUGAGAGAGAGAGAGGGGGGGAUGAGAGAGAGAGAGGGGGGGAUGAGAGAGAGGGGGGGAUGAGGAGAGAGGGGAAAUGAGAGAGAGGGGGGGGAGCAGAGGGAUGAGAGAGAGAGAGAGAGAGGGGGGACGAGAGAGAGAGAGAGGGGGAUCUAGAGAGAGAGGGGGACCGUGAGAGAGGGGGGACGAGAGAGAGAGAGAGAGAGAGGGGGGGGGACGAGAGAGAGAGAGAGAGAGAGGGGGGGGAUGAGAGAGGGAGGGGUGAGAGGGAUGAGAGAGAGAGUGUGUGUGUAUAUAUAUAUAUAUAUAUAUCUGUGGGACAUGGUUUAUGGGCUGUUGCACAAUAAUGGUGAUAAGGAGGGGACCUGCUAAAAGUAAUGACAUAAUGGAAUGCCCGUAAACAAUAAUAAAAAGUGACUAGAAGGCCCGUAGAGAAUAAUGGAAAUCAAAAUAUUUGAAUUAGAGACAAAACUAUAAGACAUAUCAAAUAAAACGUUAGCAGACAUAGUCUCCAAGACCGGUGGAAUUGUUUAAUAUUGAGAUAAAGUGGGAUUAUUGUUUUCUAUGGAAUGACAAGGGAGAACUGAACCCUCACAAAUAAAGUCUUGGGUAGGUAUUUCUGGCACAAAUGGUAAAAAAAUUGUCACGAAAAGACUCUCACUGAUCUAAUUGAAUGACGUUUUCACACAAGAUCAGCAAUUUAAAAAAGUGUUAAGACACCCCUGGCACAAAGGAGUGAAAUUGCCAUUUAGUUAAGCUUCCCCUUGCUCAAUUCGUGUAGACUUCAACCGUACGAACUGCUACCAGGGGAAUGCGCCAAUCUCCCGAAAGGGACCCGUACGGCUGCUCCAAACUCCCGAACAAUAAAUCCACGAAUCGCGGCUAACAGCCGAACCAAUAUAUUCUCCAAGCGGCUUACGUUUCCAGCAAUCAGUCGCUAACCGUGUGUAGUAAAUCCCCCCCCCCAAUAACGAGACCAAGCUCCGCAUUGAGGGUAAAACAAGAACUGGCUUUACUGUGGGCUACCCGCCCGUAUUUAUGCAGGUCUCCCACUUGGUGGACACUCCCCUAGGGGACCAAAUGGGAGACUGUAAUUACAGACAGACAUACAGGCACAAAAUAUUCCCAUAAUGCAUUCUGGUUUCCUCCCCUCUGCCCUGGAAAUAAUUGAGAAGUAAUUCAUUCGGUAAAAGUUCAAACAGACGAAUAGGGGUAUACGGACAGGCAAUUCCACGAAGGGGAGGCAAACUAGACGAACCAGCAAUAUUAGUCUUACAGAUGAAUCUGUCACAAAAAGUUUCUAUUGUUUUGGUGAUUUUACUCAUAACAAGACUAUUUGUCUUAUUUGAAUCAAUAAUGGACAUACAUAUGAUUUCCUGUGUGUGGUUUUUCUUUUUUUUCUUUUAGAUUUACAGCAUGCUGGCAGUUUCAGCAUAGUGGUUCUGGUAAGCAUUCUUAUCUAAAAUUGUCAUUAAAAAAUGAAUUAUGGGGGCGGGGCCUGACCGCCAUGCUGACCGGUCGCAUUGCACAGAGGCUCUUGCUGAUUUCCAGCUAAAUGGCAGAAAUACUACACUUACUGCCCGGAAUCAGACGGAAUAGCCCGUUAAUGUGCGCAGGGGGAGGAUGGCGCCACCGCAGACUCCGAGAUCGGGAGUUUUGGGGCCCCGGCGGUACAAAACUUUGGAGCCUGCGGCCUACUCAGGACAGGAGUGGGGUGGACGGCCGCUGCCCCGCUUGCAAUCCUGACUGCCACACUAAAGCCCUGUGAUACGCCUCGCAGGCCCCCGUCCCCCCCCCUUGGGCCGGGGGGGUUAUCCCGGUCCCCACUGGAGGGAACCGAGGCCCUGCUACACACAUCAGUGGGGAGUGCUUGGCACCAGGGACCAUGUGCUAUGCCACCAACAUGGAAGCCUCAGAGCCCACACCAGGCGUGAUAACACUCACUGCUAGCAGGCUGCAUCAGAAACAGAGCCAUUACAGUUUGCAUCCCUGGAUUAUGGCAGUGUUCUUUCACUACCAGACAGAGCAAUCUCAACUUACCUAGCCUCCGUGCACAGAGCCUGGGCCUGGUACCCACGACGGCCUUCCUGGGCUUUGAGCGCCUAAAGAACAUUCCUUGACCCGCAGCCCUACUCCUGGAUGGAACACACGGGCCAGGAAUCACGUUGCCGGCCAUUAAUUGUACCGGAACCGAGGUUGCAAGCGGUCCGCUCAGACGGCGCAGAGUGGCAUCUACAGGUCUCACCCUCACAUCAAGAUCCAGAUCACACUAUACACAGAUCGGCGGCAGGACCAUUACACAUCCAGGCGAUCUGGCAAGCCUGACAACAUACCGUCUCCAGCAGCGUGGCUUUCCCAAUGAGACUCCAGUGGUGUUCUUUCGUUUCUUCACUUAAGCUGAACUGGUCACUAUCUUGAUUACAUUAAUUUGUGGUUGUUAGAACGGGCAUCAAAGCAUAUUAAUGGGCAUCUUUCAUGUCUUAGUAAUGAAAAUCUGUGCUCUCAGCUAAAUUCACAUAGUAACAUAUACAGCACUCACCAUUGUAUAUUGUAAAUGUCUAAUUACUCGACACUGCAACUUAGCCCUGCACAGAGGUAGCACAUCAUUGUAUAGCAUGUCAACGUUUAUCAGCUAGCACAGCAUACACUUUACGCUGUCAGCCUUGGCGACACUAAUCUUAGCAUGCCUAGCCGGCCAUGCCACCCAAGUUUACUAUUUAGCAGACUCCCAUACCUCAUAUGUGCACUCCUAACAGUACUUGUUGUAAGCUUAAAUCGAAUGUCCUGCUACGUUCUUCUAGACAAUAAUGAUGAUAUAUACCAACUGAGACAUGACUGCCUAGCCUAAACCUAGCGUGUUUUACCCUCUCCAAAAAAAAAAAGUGCUGUUUCUGCAAAUGUCAUACCAAUGCUUGUUAUCGUGUUUCACACUGACCGCUUACUAAUGUUGUUGUGACAUUGUGAGCAUACCUGUAUUCUUUCAAAAGCACAUCAAAAAUAAAGAAUAAAAAAAAAAAAAAAAAAAAAAAAAUAAAUGAGGGUUUAAAAUUGAGCAAAAGGAGCCACAUGUUGGGAGGGGAGACUUCGUUUUACAUACCAAGUAGAGCUGCAAGCAAUCCAGUUUGUUUGGUUAUAAAUAUAACCAUAAUGUUAUAGGAGGAUUUACCCACAUAUAUACUGAUAGCAGCUCCUAUGUGCUAUUCUGUUAUACGCAGUCUAGUGAUUAAAACACAAAAUUGAUAUAGGCAGCCCAACGGGAGACAGGAUUACCACUGCUUGAGUGACAACUGCAGGUAGAGAAGUAACUUUUAAACAUUUCUGAAGUUAUAAGGGACUCUUAGUGCCGUGUUUUAAUAAUGCAAAUGGUGCACGGAGUGAUCCUUAAUAAUAAAAUAAACAUUUGUUAUGUAGCUGUGUCAGAUUUUUUUUUUUUUUUUAUUAAUAUUUUUAUUAAGCGAGAUUCCACCAAUUUAAGAUGAGUAUAGUCUUAAGAGGGAAAAAAAUAUCCAUCAAUAUGUACAACAGAUGAUUUUUUUAUUUUUAUUUGGCAAUGUGAAAAUAAUGACUGUAUACACUGCAGGAAGGCAGUGUUUUUAGACACUAAUCCGCUUCACGAGAUUUUCUGCUUACCCAAACCCAGUUAUGAAUAUAAGUAAGCUCUAACUUAUUGCAUGAUUAUUGUAACAACAUGAAGACCUUAGACCUUGCUACAUUAAAACUCUGUCCUUUCAUAGUGUUAACACAUGUCGCCUUUAUUGCAUUUCUAUGUAUGUAUAUAUUCUUGUUUGAUUUGGAGUGUAGGGAACAUGAUACACAGUGAGGAUAAGUUUAUCAAGGAUUAUAAAUGAUUGUUUCUUCUAACAGAUGUCCUGAAGCAGAGCACCACCAGACAUUACCGUUCACAACCAACACAUGGUAUUGGCAGAUAUCGACACUUACUACCGCCAGAGAAAGUAAGGCCUGCCUGCUUUCUGUUUAUUGUGAAUCUUCACUGUGAUUGGUCAUUAAAAGCAUAAUGAAUAAGCUUCAACUUCAUUAACCUUGUUAUUUUGUUGGUAUAUGACGUAAAAGGAACAUGUGUGAAGUAUUUAUUUAGUAUUAGUAGAUCGGAUCAUCUUAAAAUUAGUUUGUCAAGUUAUUACAUCGGGAUAUGUGUUCUACUUUUUCAAAUUGUCAGUGAGUUAGUUUCUUGCUGUUGGGAGUAUAUCCUCACUGAUUAUAUUAACCAGAGCUCAAAAUUUCCACUGGCCAUUGGUCUUGGUGAGUAUGAAGGAGACCCUCCAGGAUUGCAAUGGCAAGUAACUUUUAACCCCUUAAGGACCAAACUUCUGGAAUAAAAGGGAAUCAUGACAUGUCAGACAUGUCAUGUGUCCUUAAGGGGUUAAAGCCCGGCCAGUCGUGUAAGACUUGAAAAAUUCUUUCAGAACACAAAUGGUUUAAUGGAACUGUUUUGUACCACUAGGACCCCAAAAAGAAAGGCAAGCUUGCAACUAAGGAAAUAAAACCCAAGUCCGACUGUGAGUAUGGAUUUGUGAACCUUCAGGUGUCCGGAUAUAACAUGACACUUGUUGAACACUUCACCCAGUAUAUCCAUAAUUUCUGCAACCGCUUCUCCAUCAAAGUAGAGGAAAGGUCUGUAAUGUUUUAUCUGUUACUAUUUCUUCUACAUUACUGGAUACAUUUUAUUUUUAUUUUCUCUAGAAUCAAGGAAUCUUUUAUAUUAAAUACAAAAUUAUAAUUUCUUUGUGUUGGGUAUCAGAAACAUUUUGCUAAAUUAUUUUUUAAAUCGCUUCAGUUCCUUAGAAAGACACAGAAGGAGAAGAUAAAAGAAUAAAGGGGAUAUCAAGGGAAAUUUAAUCUGGUAGUGCUUAGGUUUAUUUCCCAGAGACAACUUGUACGGGCUGAUAUUAUUUAAUUACUAAGAGCAACACAAACGUUUUCUUCAAAGUGUCCAAGAAGCUGCAGUGGGAUGUUUUUUAAGGUUAGAGGAAGCGGAUAUCAUGUUACGCAUAGCAUAGUUGUGUGUGUGUUGAUGAAUGAUUGGAUGCCAUUGUAGCAUAUGUGAUAUUGGGAUUUUAUGGAGACAUUUCCUGGGUAGUAGCAUUUUGUGGUUAAUUACAUCAACAGAUUAUUUUUUUUAUGAGGCUGUUACAGUAGAAGUCAAUUUAUUUUACCUCUUUGCCAAAGAAAGAGGUCAGUGAAUUUCUUAACCCCUACGAAACAUGCGUAAACCUGGGGAUUGCAAUGAAAGCUUAUAUAUUUUGUUCUUUAAUGCUGAUAAAGAAAAAAUCUGUUUCCGUCUGCAACUGAAAAUCUAAUAUAUGGGUUCAAUUGAUUUGUUUGUAAGUAUUUUGAGAUAAAAUGUUAGAGCCAUGCUAAUAAGUUCUUUGUUUUAUCAGCUAUGCCAACCCAACAAAAACCACUGAAGUCAUGCUCUUACCAGAACAUGGGAACAAAAUGUUUUUAGAUUCCGUUCUUACAUUCCACGAGAGAGUCAUCCAGGUGAGACAGGAUUGGGCGGAGAAUUUGGAUGUUUCACAGUCUGGCGGGGGGGGGGAACAGGAAAAAAUAAACCCAUUUUCUGUCAAAGUGAAAAAUGAGAAAUAUUUAGGGACAAAGGAUUUGCUUUCUUCCUCAUUAAAUGAUUCUUCCUCAUUAAAUGAUUCUUCCUCAUUAAAUGAUUCCAGUUCGUAGCGGAAGCAUUUACAAAAUAUAUAGCUUUUAUAUUUCCAGAUAGGUACGAAAGAUAUGUACUGGUAUUGUUGUCAGAGUCCCAGAAUGACUUUCAGAAAGGCUUUAAUCCCCUUCAGGAGUUGAAUGCAUGAAAAGCCUGCCUUAAAAACAUAUUUGCCUAAUACUGGUCCUUAAGGGGUUAAAUGUGCCUGUGGAUCAGUUUUGCUGCAGUUAGUCGUCUUGUGAAACUGCAGGUAUUAAAAUGUCAUUUGGCCUUAUGGAACUACAUUCUCCCACAUCCAUUCAGCAUAGCCCCUCUAAUUUGUUUACCAAAGUCGAAAAUAAUUGAGAUAUGAUCACUAGCAAAUCUUAAUAGAUUUAACAUAUAUGAGGGAUGGAACCAAACCUCAUUUAUCAUUGUGCAGAUAGCUGUCCAGUGCUCUUCUCGUAUACAUUGUCUAUGCUGAAAGGUUGGCAACCAAUGGAACUUAGUGUUACAGCGUGUAUAUGAAGCAUGGCUGGACUAUCAACCCUAAUAUGUUCCUUCAUCGAUAAUUCGGACAUCACAAAAAACAGAUCAUAUUUUAUCUUAGAAGUUCUCAGCCAAUUUGUUUUAUUUUUUUUCUUCAUUUAAGUCCAGUUUUAUGCCCUGUUCUCUGACGUAUAUAAAAUAUUCACUUAAUGUAUACUUUGUGUAAAAUCUCUAGCAGUUUUUCUCAAACCGGUCCUCAAGACCCACCAAAAGUCCAGGUUUUGUCAGUAUCUCCAUUGGCAUAAAACAGGGAAAUACAUAAAUCCUGAAUUUGUGGUGUGCCAUGAAGACUGCUCUUUGGAAGGAAUUUUGGGGUUUUGACUGUUAAUUUUUAUUUGUUAAGGUGAGUGGAUUGAGCUCCACGUUCAGUCCUAUUCUUAUUGAAGUCCUAUUGAUGAACCAGCCUGAAGGUGUCAAUCUUCUGGUGAAGGAGGUUAGUGAAUAGCCCGUUCCCUGGGAAUAAAUGUUAAAACACCAAAACCACAAGGUUCAAAUGUUAUCCCUUCAUUGUGGGGAGGCUAACCCGUGUAGAAUAGUUUGACUUCUUACCUGGGGUCUUCUGCUAACUCUUAGCCAAUGAGCUAUCCCCGUUUGAGAGCGUCAGACCCUCUACAGGAAAUAGUGGAGGUGAAGUGCAGCGCCAGGUACAAAGGUAAGUUGUCUUAAAACAUUUUGACUUUGUACAAUUGGGUGGGGGGGACCUAUGGCACAAUAACUGCUAUAGUGAGCUGUAGUGUUUAUGGUGUUUGGAGUGUCACUCGAGGUAAGUGGGAAAUGUUUGUGCUCAAUAACGCUUUAAGGGUAAAAUAACUUACUUGGCUUAAUAUGGAUGAUGGAAAUUAUCCAAAUAAAAUCUACACCAUCUGUUUCCUUUUUUAAUUGAAAUAAAAUAUUUUAUAUAUGCCAUGUGCCACUGUGCUCACUCUUCCUAUAAAUCAUCAGAUUUACUCAUGGCAAUACUGCACAUGGCUGAGUGUUUCACUGUAGUUUGGGCAUAGUAUUGAAUGCGCAGUGUUGCCUGGGAGUGUACGACUUGGAUUAAAUAUUUAGCAUUAUUCCAGCUAACUAUGAAAUAUUUAUAUAAACUUUUAAGGGACACUUCAGAAUGGGAUUGAUAGCAUAUAUAAUACAUUACAUAGAUACAUAAUUACAGCUGCAAAAAAUGCAACCUGCAAUAAUCUUCAUUCGUAAAAUCACUACUGAAUAUGUUCCCACAGGACAAUGUGAGCUGUGACCAGACAGAGUCGUGGUUUUUGUCAAUACAGAGGGGGGGAGGAGGGGGGUGGGGUGUCACGAGGGAGUGCCAGGAAUACAGCUUUUAAAACUGCCCAUCUCCCCAAGAUGGAGGAGAUAAUUUACUUCACCUGCAUGUUCUCCAUGUAAGCUGAUGCACACACACUACCAGUUCCCUCUUAAGCUCUGAAGAAUGCCCAAGCAGCAGCCACACUGUGAGCAAGCAUUCUGAUAUCGGAUCUGAUGAGUGGAACUGCCAUAUUUCAUAAAACAGCCCCAUAGCCCAGAAUGAAUAGGGGAGCCUUUUCCUACUAAGGGAGGUGUUUACCUGCUGUUUUAAAAUGAGUAGAAAUAUCUGUAAUUUUGUAACGGUUUUAGCAUAUUUUAUUGAAUACCUUAUAAAUGAGUGUCACUUUUCAAUUUUUGUUCCUUUUAUAGUCGCAGUUUUUGUUUGUGUGGCAUCCAUUCUAAUACCAGUGUCUAAUCUUUUUCCCCAGCACACAGAGGCAGAUUACCAAUCCAGAUUCAAGUCUCGUCCCGACCUGGAAAACCUAAUGGCUUCAAUUAAUUGAUAUUCCUUGAGAUCCUAUACUUAAAAUCAUGUUUUUUGUCACACUUGCUGUCGCCACAUUUACAGUAACCCACUCUUCACUGUCGCCUUCACAUCUGAGAUAUAUUAUAUAUAUAUAUAUAUAUAUUUUUUUUUUUUUUUAUACUCCGCUGUUCAAGAGUUUCUACUGAAUACUCCUAAAUCUGGACCUUUUGCAAUACAUGUUUCCAACAAGUAUAUUAGCCUGUGGAUGGGGAAUGUUGGUGGGGAAACAGAAACCAGACUUAAAUGCCAUCACUUGUUCGAGCAGAUACAUCUAGUCAAAGCAUGUUAGGUUCUUCAUUAAUGGAAUCCAAACCCCCAGAUGAUCAGAAUGAGUUUUCAUGUGGUUUUAAGACCCAGGGUUUGUUUAAAAAAAAAAAAAACCCUAAUAUUUAAAUAAAACAUUUUCUAAAUGUUCU